AUGUAUAGUACAAAAAAACCAUCUGGAGUUGAUUCAACUUCUGAAAAUGAAGAAUCACCUACCAUAGAUGAUAAGUCUAAUCAAACUUCUGAAGACGAAACUAAUUUUCAAAUUAAAGAUGAUGAUCAAGAAUUUUACUGGUCUGAAAUUAAUGAAAAUAAUAUGGAUUUAUUAUCUGAUGAUAAAUUAAUAAAGAAAAUUGAAAAUGAAAUUUAUAAAAUUGAACUUUUAGCUAGUUUAAAAUAG